AUGCAGGUGAGUUAUAUAGAGAAGAAAAGUGUGGAUGACCUGGGCGUAAGUGCGCUUGUUGAAGACAGAGUAUUUUUCAUGAAGGGAGGAUGGCUGAUCAGCAAGUGUAUUUAUUCUUAUGACGAGCAGAAAAAGCAUCUAAAGAUUGAUGAGAAGGCUGAUAAUAUGUGUUAUGCAAGCGGAUGUUUGCUGAUAAUAUGUGGAAAUGCUCUGCAUAGAUACAGGGUGUUUGGAGAAGAAGUUGUGCAUAGCAGUAGUCAUCAGCUAGUGGAUGCGCCAGUGAAGAUAUUUGUGAAUGCAGGAGAAGGAAGGAAAGAGACUGUCUGUUUUUUGUACAGCAACAAAAGGAUUGAGGUGUAUAUGAAUGCAGAGGAGAGCGGAGAUGUUAGGAUGGUUGAGAAGGUUGUAGUGUGCAGCAAGGGAGAAGUGUCGAAAGAGGAUGAGGUGAUUGAUUUUGUGAUUGAUGAUGGGGUGUCAUGGUUUCUGGCACGGUCUGGAAGGAUAUAUCGAUCGUAUGACUUUGCAGUGACGCGGAUGGUUCUUUUGAGUAAGCCUGUAAGAAUGAUUCCUGAGCCUGUAUGCUUUGAGGGAAGGGCAAGAAGUAUUGCAGCGAGGGGGGGGAGGAUGUAUGUGUGCUAUGAGGAGGGAAUUGAGGUUUAUGAUGUUCGAAAGAACGUGUUGAUGUUGAACUACACGUACAAGGUGUUGAAUUAUGAGUUGAGUGUGUUUGAGAGUGUUUUUUGUAUGGGAGAUGAGCUGGUUGUUGCUGGAGAUGCGCCUGUUGUGGUUGCAAAUGUAAGAGUGCAGAAGAUGUAUGGAAGUGUUGGAGUGGCCAAUGAUAAGAUAUUGUUUGUUAGGCGCGAUGAUGCUGUUGAAAAAUGCCGAGUGAAGCUUUUGAAGGAGUCUGAUGCAUGUGCAAGAGUUGAGGAGAUGUUUAGGAUGACGAUUGGCAACAAGGUUGAAAUUCCUGAGGCUGGAGAGUGGAGUGGCAUGGCUGAAAGGGUGGCUCUAACAGCACAGAAAGUUGUUAAUGACUUUGGAAGCAAGAUGGUUGAUGCAUACCGAGGAAUAUAUUUUGAACUUACGAGCCUGAACGAGAGUUUUAGGGAGAAAGUCGAAUCGUUGAAUUUUGAGAAUGAGGUGAUACUACGAAAGGCCGAAGGGCUAGAUAUGAAGAAGAGCGAGCUUGUUAGCAGGCUGCAGAUGCUGAAUGAAAGGAUGAGGCAGGCUCUGUGCAUGAUACGAAUUGAUGCGAGUGGGCACAGAGAGAUGAUUCAGAAGAUAAACAAGACGAUUGACGGAGUAAAGUUUAAGAAGCAUGAGAAGUAUUCGAAGAUACUGAAGAUGCAGAGAGAGAUUUUGAAUAGAAGGGCAGAGGGAAGGAGAUGA